ACAAAUGACCUACCCCAUCUAUCUAUCCCUUUUCAAAAUCCAAGUUUGCCCACCCCACUGUUCUAAACCAAUAGGCUUCUUGCCUUAGAUGUCACUCAAUAUCAAUCGGCUUCUUGCCAUUUUUGACAUAACUCCAAGAAAAAGCGUCCGGUCCAGUCCGCCAGCCAGUGGCUGAUCCGCGCCAAAGAGGGACGUCCGUCAGUUCCGGACGCCCGAUCGCUUCCAGAUGCGAACGCGACGUAACGACACGAGACCACGGCCGACCAGAAGAUGGACGACGCGUCGCGAUGGCCUCCGACGUGCUCCUGCUGGUUUUGCUCAUCAGCGGCCUGGCGGCCGCUCGGCACCCUCGCUCGGCUUUGUACCCAGCGACGUUGCAUCCAAAGUGGCAAACACCAUGGCUGCUGGCUCAUUCCUUCCAGAAAUCUGUGGAGGAUGUGGAGCUUCUGUUCGAGAUCCUGUUGUCCGGUAUGGAGAUCCUAGGAAAAGAUCCGCCCGUCAUCCCUGACGCAGAGCUGGCGUCCCUGCGGGGCGCUCGCUCACUGGAGCUCAUCUGCGACGGCGUCCUCCCAAAGAGCCUCCCGGAGGUCCUGCGUCUGGCCGCCGGGCUGGAUGAACGCCGCCGCCCCAUGAGCGCGCCCGACUUUGAGAGGACCGUGUUGACGCUGGUGUACGCCGCCCAGACGGCGGCGAGGGCGAGCGGGACAGAGAGGCGCCAAGCCUGGGCCGGGUCUUUCGUCCGGCUCUUUAGGGCCAUCCGGAAGGACCUCGCGCUUUAGGCGACAGGUUUUCGUGUCAAACUUGUGCAUCAGUCACUACAGUGGACAGUCCUGCCUCUCCCUGUAUACUAUUAGGCAGUGAAGACACUUGUGUCCACUGUCGUGACUGAGACACCAUUUUGAAUAUAUAAAACUUUUUUUUUUUAAUAGCUACCCAUUGUUGGUGCUGAUGUAUGUAAGCAUAUUGUAAUAUGUCAUGUUAUAUAGUUAUUUCCUUUUGCUCACAUCUUUCUUUUCAUUGUUUUAUUGCUGACUGCAGCAAUUUGUGGCUGUGCGCCAACUUGGCAAAGACUGAUUAGGUCGGAAAUGAAAAGCGAAGACUGGAAUUUCCUGCCUUUGGGUGAGGAGGAUGAUUAUUAUUAUUUGAGUGAUAGUGAUGGAGCAUCAAUGAUAACAGAAGGACACUUCAUCUUGACUGGAAGGGACUUUAUAAAUGUUUCAGCUUCUGUUUUUUUAUACGUAUUUACAGUGGUUCUAGCAUAAAUGCUGUACUUGUGGGAUGAGUUAUUAAAUAUUAAAAUCAUCAA